AUGACAUGCUCCCCAUUCAAUUCUCCCGGUUGUGUAUUUCACUACCAGGUGAUGUUGCAAGUGGUUAUCUUGUUGGGCGAGAGGGGAAACUAUGAAUUCAUGCGUCGCUUUAGUUUACCAGAGAGGCGUGAAGAGCUGGAAGCCAGGUGCCCAAGACCCGAGGGGAGUAAGGAGCUAGAACUUCUAGAGUGCCCAAAACCAUCUUCUACAGGGGCUAGUCCUGUGAGGAAUCUUCGAGUGGAGAGAUAUGUUGAGGGUGGAAGAGAGGUGUUUCUAGUACAUCAGCUGGAGGGGGAGUCCUGCAGUACUUCUGCAGUGGCGGGAAGCAGUACUUCUGUUGUUGCUCUUCCGGAGGGUGUGAUCGACGCGGCAGAGGUGACCUCAUCACUAGACCAGGAGGUACACAGCCUAAGUGAUUCGUCAGUAUCAAUAUCUCCAAGAAGAUCCUGGCGACCUGCACCUAGUCCUGAGCCCCAGUUAAGUGACAUGGAGGUAGUAGAUGAGGUGGCUGGAGGUGAGGAUGAUGGCAAUAGGGUGCGAUCACAGAAGGAAGCACUGAGCUUAGAGUGUGUGGACUCUCACUUCCAUCUCGAUACGCUCUGCCAGAAUUACACCGUGGAAUUACCAGAAGGCCUUGCAGACGGUGAAACCUUGCAGCAAGUUGCGAAAUUGAGGAAGGAAAGGGUUGUGUCAGUGAUUGGCAUACACCCAUCGAAGGUGCACGAAGACGGUGUGGUGAGGCGGCUUAAGGAAAAGUUGGACGAGUGUGAUGUGAUGGGUUUGGGAGAGAUAGGAAUAGAUGGCACAAAGAAGGACCUACCUCUCCAGCGCACUGUGUUUGACGAAGUUUUAGGACUUCUGGAAAGCCGUUCUCAUCUGGUGCUUGUGCUCCAUUGCCGGCCAGGACGGGGGCAGGUCAGUAGCAGCUCGUACUUCGAGUUGUGCUACCGUUGUAAGGCAGCUCUUCGACCAGAACAGAAAAUUCACCUGCAUUGUUUAAAUGGCACCAUGGAGGAUGUUGAUCUGUGUGUGGGGUACUUCCCUAACACACAUUUUGGAUAUAGCCUGAUGGUGCAGAGGGCUGAUUUCAAGGCGGAUAGCCGCUCAACUUUACGGAGGACAGAUUCCUCCCGUCUCCUGGAAAGUGAUGCGCCAUAUUUUAAGUACGACAAUGAGCAGGAAUGGUCUUCACCAUCAUUCAUUGGUUUAACGGCACAGGAGGUGGCUCGGGUGAGGGGACGUACAAGAGACGAGCUGCUAAAGAUUACAGCACAGAAUGCCCAGCGACUUUAUUGGUGGUAG